UAGCACUUUUUUUCUUCACGAAUGUUUCAUCUGGGGCGGAGGUGGGAAUUUCCUUGGAUCAGUUUCGAGUAUUCUGCCGGCUUCUCCGAAUUAGAUUUUCCUGCAGUUUUCCUAAUUCGUAAGGAGCACCUCUAAAAAGAAUUAUGCGGGUUACGCUGUAAUUGUGCGAAAGCCUGUUGAGGCCUGUGCAUAUCAAUCGUAAUCGUCAAGAUUUUUCUUUGCUCGGGCGCCAAAUAUCUUGAAAACUGCAAGAGUAAUUACGAACGGACGGACGGACAGAAAAAAUGCGCUAAAAAUAUGCCGUCGCCCUCGUCGUCAUUCAUAGAGAUUUUAUUAAAGGAAGAAUAUCAUUGUAUUAAGGUCCCUGAAUAAUGUUUACCUUUCAGGUUUUCUAUCGUGGAAGGAUGCCGGCGGACGAUAGGGUAGCCAGAAGUGUCGCGUUGGAACAGGCGUAUGUACAUGAUGUUUAUGAGCAAUUUUCCGAAAAUCCUCGGAGUCGUCCCUGGCCACGCGUUCAGCAAUUUCUUAAGGAUUUAGAGCAGGGUUCAAUCAUUUGUGAUGUUGGUUGCGGAAAUGGAAAAUAUCUAAAUACGAAUUCAUCACUUUUUAACAUAGGAGGAGAUAAGUCGUUCCGUCUCAGCGAGUUGGCAAGAGAAAAAGACAACGAGGUCAUCGUAAUAGACAACUUAACCCUACCAUUUCGAGACGAAAGUUUAGACGCCGUGCUAUCGAUUGCCGUUGUUCAUCAUUUAGCUACAACAGAACGCCGAAUACGUGCUUUACGUGAACUAGCCAGAGUUUUAAGAAUUGGUGGUCGUAUUAUUAUUUCCGUUUGGGCUAUGGAACAAAGUCACCGAAAGUUCGAAUCGCAAGAUGUAUUGGUGCCUUGGCAUAGGCCGCAGCAACUCACCAAACCGUCGCUGGAACUAACGUCGACAACGACAACGUCUGAAGAUGAUUGCCUUCCUCCUUAUCACGCGUACACUCAAAGUGACAGUGACUCAAAUAGAUCAAAUAAAAUUAAAACUGGAUUAAAGAAACGCGGAAAGACGAGACAUAAAGGUCGUUCCAUAGAUCCAGCAGGUAGUUCGUCACCUAGCAGUUCCAGCCUUUCAAGUCCGAAUGAAACCUGUUACAGCUUCGUAAGAAGGGCAAUUCAAAAGUUAGCAGGAGGAAGGCGAGGCGUCCACCGUCCAUGGUUUCUAGAUAGUUGGACAGCUUGCACGAAGGAUUCCCAAACGAAGCGGUUCGAUCAGGAUGGAUGUACCUGUUGCGAAUGCGACGAUGUACAAAACUUGCCCAUCGAGUUGAGAAGAGUAGACGACGAUGAACUACCACAACGUAGACAAACGUUCCCCUCGCCUCACUCCUUCAGCGAUCUUUACGCAAAUUUGAAAUCUAGAAGUUUAACGGACAUAAAAACGGUAGAAAAUAAUAAUAUUGUACGCUCCAAAUCAAGUGUGCCUAGUAUACAAGAAGCUUUAAAUAUCGAAGAUAAUAACGAUAGUAGAGAUAAAUGCACAACGCCGUCUAAAAAACCUAAAUUAGUAAAACAAAAACAAUCAAUAUGCGACGAAGACGAAGAAGAAGCACUAGACAAGCCAACCGACAUGAAAAUGAACAAUUGCACUUUUCCCGAUAACAAACAUGUUUUAACGUCUCGUCACAGGGGGAGCGUUUUUAAACAACGAUCCUUAAACGAGGACCUAAUGUCUGUAGAAAGACUUCGCGAAAAGGAGCGAGUGAAGCAAAAUAUUCAAAAGCAAGCAUCGUUGAAUGAGGAUCUUAUUUAUAGUAGGCACCGCACUUUUGAUUCCUUACGAGAUUCAAUUUUUUCCGUAUCUACGUCCAAAAGAUUCCAGCUUAUUAAAACGGGUUUUACGAAUAAAAUUAAAAAUUCCACCACCAACAUUGAAAAGGUAACGAGCUCCUCUCUUCGGAAUGGAUUCGUAAAAAUGUUGCAAAACUGGAAAAGCGGCGAUCUAGCAUCGCCAAUUAUUCCCGAGGACGAAACCGUUGUAACUUCGCCAAGUAAAACUGGAGCCAUGGGAAGCGAGGAAAAGAAAGAGUCUGCGUCGACGGAUGAAAGACGCCAUUCAAAGGAGGAUGGUUCCGAUUCGUCCAAAGAUAGCAGUCUCCAAAGCGACACCAGUGUAGAUUCGGAAGAUAGUUUCGCUUCAGUUAUUUUCGUCCCCAAGACCGAUCCAACAUCUCCAUCAGCUUUAUCCCCGGGGCCGACAUCAUGUAGAGCAACUAACGCAUCCGUCCCAAAUUCUCCUAGAAUUAAACAAUCGUCUUGUCCUACCAGCCCUAGGAUUAAACAAAUGCCGCUUUCCGUAUACCCUUUAACCAAACAAUUGAGUUCUCCCAAACCCACAAGCCUAUGUUCGGAAUCUCCCUCUUCGCCAGUUUCGAACGAGAAAAUCGAAAGGGACCAAAAAAGUACAACGGACGAAGAGCCGAAGGGAAGUAAAUCGCUUGUUCAAAGCUUAGCACAAAAAUACGCGGUACCGCAUAUUCCGAAAUUUAGAAGGAAGAGUUUAAACGCGAAAACCGAAGGGGAGCAGAAUAAUUUAUCCGAAAACAAUAGGGAGAAGAGAUUGAAAUGCAUCAAGGAUAUUCUCAGUCAGAAGCCUGGUUUUGGAAUGCGCACAAUGAGGCCUAAUUAUCCCAUUGUGAGGAGGUCCUCGAUGAGUAAUGGAAAUUUUGAUACACUAGCGCGUCCGUUACCUAAGCUGCUGAGUUUGGAAUUGUUUAAUCCCGAAACCGACGAUAAGGAUAGCGAUUCAAGCGCGGUGUCUUCGCCGGAUUCAAUCGAAAGCGUGGUAGAGAACAAGUCUAAGAACGCGCACACUAAGUUUAAUUUUCCUCCGGCUGUGAUAAAAGAUUCGCAAAACUUGUCAGGAGCGAACGUAGUGGAUAAGGUAAUUAGGUGUGGUCCACGGAUAAAGGGAGCGCAAUUGAGGACGAGCGGGAUUAGGCAUAAACGACGCGAUAGCGAUUCCGUGCCGUUACUUAGCGCAGAUGCGACGAGUGGCGAGGGUCCGUCGUGGGACGAGGAGUGCCACAGGCACUUGACAGAUUUUGCGGAUAAACUAAGCGAGAAGUUAUUGAGAGAAAUCGAUCAGUACCAAGAGAAGAGCAGUGAGAGUGAAAUUUUGGAUCCGUACAUUAACCGGUUAAGCGAGGAAUUAAACGAUUUGUCGAAAUUAAGCGAGGAAAUACAGAAGCAGAACGAGUACUUGGCAAAGUUAAGUGCUAGUGAUAAUUUUUAUAGUAACUUGCAGUGCGAACAGAGAACUAGUAGUAGCAUAAAAAAUGAGGUAGAAGCAACGAGCAACGAUUUAAAACCGAUAUGUAGUGAAGUUAGUGAAUCUCGAACCGAGGAUUCUCAUAAAAGUUUAGUUAGAACAGAUCCAAAAAUUUCCGAAAACGUAGCCUGUUCUGGGAAGGUGAUCAACAAAGCUGUUUUAAAAAAAGGAUCUUCCGUGGAGUCUUGCGAAUCUGAGAAAGGAAGUAGCAGUAAUUCUAUAAUAUCUAGUGUUGCUACGUCGGUUCAUUUUGGUUUGUCAAUUGAAUCCAAUGACGGAAUUUCGGAGAAGGGUAGUAGCGACUCUCAUAAAGAUACCAGUUCGAUAAGUAGGUACAGUUACGGAGGAAGCACUGCUUCUUUGGUAUCGUGUCCGGAAUGGACGGUUACUAGAGCCAAGUUUUCCGAGGAGCAGUGUUUGCUACCGGUAAAAAAAGCCGAUGUUAGUGUAGGUAAAACUAAAGAUAAAUCUAGUCUAAAUCAAUCUUUGAGCGAUACAUCGCAAGAGUCGCUACCUUCUGACAAUAUGGGCGGUGCAAUUACGUAUCAUAGGUAUUAUCAUGUUUUUAGAGAAGGUGAAUUGGACCAAUUAAUAGAAAAAUAUGUACAGAAUUUGCACAUAAUUUCGUCGUAUUACGAUCACUCCAGUUGGUGUGUCGUUGCAGAAAAGGUUCAGGUUUGGACUAUCUGACCUGGAAUCGCGUCUAAACCACGUUAUCGAUAUGAAUGCACAAUGUAUAUAUUAUCCUUCCGCAUGUAGAUCCUUUCAACUUGUAGUGAAUCAUAAACUCAUUAUAAAAAGAUAACAUUUUCAUGUAAAUUUUAGCUAAUAUUAUAAUAUCUUGCCUACUAAGAUCUAAGACAGAGACACAGAGUAGAUCGUCGUUACUAUCCAACAAUAGAAGCAUACGAAAAUUAUCAAAACGCGUUUUUUGGAUUUUCUAGCUUAGAUACCUACUAUUAAAUGCAAGCUCAAAUGAUCAUACAUUACCAUUGAUUAAUCUUAUUUAUUUUACAAUAACUGCUGCAUAUAAGGAUGUAAGACCUAAGUUGUUAUACGAUGCGUAUAAUUAAAAUUAAUUGACACUAUAUUUUUGUACGCCACCUUUAUUGUGUUAAAUCUUAUCGCUGUUAGGAUCAGAGCUGUGAAGAUUAACGAUCCUAUUUAUUGUCAUCUCCCGACAAAAUAUAGGUUUAUUCACGUUACCUGUUAUAAAUAUAUAUGAUAUUGUUGAAUAAGAUGUUGAAAUUUUCCCUAGUCUUCACAUUGUAAUUACACAUAAAAUUGCAAGCUCAAAAUGUGCGAGACAAUAGAUGAUCUCUUCUGAUUCGUUAGAAAAACCAGCAGAAAGAAACAAUCCGCUUCACAAUUUUUUUGUUCCACGAUCAACCCUACAGAAGACAUUUGAAGCACUUACCAUCCCUGACCAGCAAAAACUUUUCAAAUACCUGGGGCUUUUAACCCCAUAUCCACAUCCCACAUUCAAAAUUCACUCAUUCUGGAAACAUCCUUUAUAGUCCCCCUCUUUGGGUAUCCAUUUUUCCUUCUAUAACUCGAAAUGGGGUGCAAUGAUAUUUUAAUGAUAUUUAAGUUCUUAAACGUGGAUUAUGCUUCAUAGUUAAAAAAUUUCUACAACAAAUGUAAGAGACCAUGUGACUUGCUAAAAACCUGUCAUAUAACGGAAGCAUUACCUAUACGGGGUAGUUUUUUUUUUCAUUUUAAGCAUUGGGAUCUCGGAAACCAUGACAUACAGAUUCGGUUAAAUGAGGGAAGAGUUGUCGUUUUAACACCUUAUUUAAGAUAUGCUU